AGACUCCCCCAUGGACGUCCGGUGGACGACUUGGAGUGGGCGAGUGAACGGACGGGGCUGGUGACCCUAAGCCGCACGGAAUCAGCCCGUCAGGUCGCUGCCGGCUUGCCCAGCCACGCCGCAGCGCAAGUUUUCUCUUUCUUCGGACAUUUCGGUCACCUCUCGAGAAAGGCUCUGGCCCGGACGUGGGUGAAGGAGCUCCGCCUUUGGGGGUUUCCCCGCGUGGGAGGCCGGAGUCUGCGGGGAGUCGACGGCUCUCACUGAGCUGUUGGUUCCAGACGCUGGGAGCGCUGAGAGCGGCAGAGGACGGUGCGCCACCUCGCGCCGGUGUCUAGGCCGAGGUCGGGCUCGCACGGCCUCUGUCUCUCCAAGAAUCGCAGGCAGAGCAGGUGAAGGAAGCGAACGCCUUAGAGAAACCAGCCGACGUCACUCUCCGCCUGUCGGGGAGCCAGACUGGGCCAGGUGUCCCCGAGAUGAGGAUGGCCUGGGGACCCCAGUUCUUCGGUCUCCUCCUCCUGCUAGCGGCGCUGACUCUGCCAGGCAGUGGCAACGAGGGCAGCAGCGCUGGAAGUUGUCACUGUGAUAAAACGAUUCCUUCCAACCACCGUCUAUCAGAUCAAGAAAUGAAACAUCUCCAGAAACAUCUGAAAUACCAUAAUCGGUGUAAUUCCUUUGUCAGGUUCCGCCUGCUUCGCCUGACUGUGUGUGGGGGCAGCAGAGACCCGUGGGUGAUUGAAUUGAUCCGCUGCUUUGAACGCAAAGAAUGUGGACAUGCUUACUCUGGGGGAGUGGCCCGCCAGGAGCAUUUACCUCCUCUCAGCAGCCGGGUUCCUGAGUCCACAGAAAGGGCACCUACAGUCACAGAAAUCCCUGCCCAGACGUACCUGCCACCCAUGUUGCAGUCUACCCAGCAGCCCACCCGUCCAGAAAGCGUACUGUUUUUGGACAAAAAGCUCAUUCAUGCCAGUGAAACCACUACGUCCUUUGUGGGCCACAGUCUGGAGGCUGGGCCUGAGGCUGGGGUGAAUAAGAAGCAGUUGGAAGAAAAUGUGGGUCCCACAGCUGGGACACCUGCCAUGGUGCCAGUGCUGUCUCUCUUGGCCAUCACCUUCAUCCUCAUUGCAGCCUUCCUCUAUGUGCUGUGUAAGCGGAAGAGUAAGAAGUCGCUGCAGUGCUCUCCAGGUCUGCAGCUUCAAUAUACAUCUGUGGCACCAGACUCCCAACACUUGGGCUAAGAAUAGAAGCCUGUGAGGAUAAAAAUUGUGAUUUGGUAUCAUAUAUAUUGACUAUAUUUAAACAAUCUCUCUGGUACAUGGUAAGCACUCUGUACAUAUAUAAAUAACCAGCCACUGCUCUCUCUCAGAAUUUCUUCUGCUUCUCCCCCCGCCCCAUAAGUGUAAUUCCACUUAAAAAAAAAGACUUUAUUUAUAUAGAGAGAGGGGAAGGGAAGGAGAAAGGAGAAAAACAUCAGUGUGUGCCUCUUACACAUCCCUAACUGGGCUACUGGCCUGCAACCCAGGCAUGUGCCCUGACUGGGAAUCCAACCAGUGACACUUGGUUCACAGGCCCACACUCAAUCCACUGAGCUACACCAGGCAGGGCUAAUUCCACCUUUAAUAUGGUAAAAUUCUGGACAAACUCUGUAUGUGUAUUCUUUUUACUAAAAAUUAUUUGUAUAA